UAGUCCCUCACCAAGGACACACAAGAUCAGAUUCUUUUGAAAACCGGCAAGAGGACGAGCAAAAAGCUUGUCUCCAAGAAAAGAGCGUCCAUCAAAGAAGCACACUCAUUUUGACAGUACGGCAGCAAUAAAAUUCAACCAGCCCUAAACUUACUUGUGUAAAGCGAAGAUGACACCACCACCGGAAGAAUUGAAGGCCAAGGCAACUGAGCUUCUACCAGCUCUGAAAGAGAAACUUGGGACAGAUGCUGAAGGCGUGAGCGAUGCGACCCUCAUGAAGUUUUUGAUGUGGAAGCCAUCGGUGGACCGAGCUGAAGGGAGGUUUCGCGACUUGGUGAACUGGAGCAAAGAAAAUCCGUGGGCCUUUGCUUCGACGCCGCUCAUGGCCUCGAAAGACGACACUCUACGACGUGUACUAGAGAGUGAAGUGCUUGUGGCGCCCGAGGGUAUUACAGCCAAAGAUGGCAGCACACUGAUGUUUGGCCGACUCCGCAAUAACGACAUGAGUGAUGGAAGAACUGCAGAGGACGUCGUUCGGAUGGUGAUGUACACCAUGGACCGAGUUUUGGAACGAGAAUCCACUCAGCUUCAUGGACUCACCAUUUUUCACGAUAUGAAGGACGUGGGCCAAAACAACAUUCAUGUGUCCAUUCCAAAAAUACUGUUUCGAGCUAUUUUUGGCCAUUUCCCAUUGAGGAUUACCGCGGUCUAUGUGCUGAAUGCUCCCCUGUUUAUUCGAGGACUUUUCAAGGUUGUAUCACUGACAUUUCCAGCCAAAGUACGGGCCCGAAUGCAUUUUGUGACUGAUAUGGAUGCAAUUUUGAACGUCAUUGACCAAGAUAAUUUGUUGGAAGAACAUGGCGGCAAGGUGCAGCAUGACCAAAAGCAAUGGGUGGAAAGCCAUAUCAAGAGGGAGGAAAAUGGAUCAAUGGAGUCACUAGCAGACUGCGUCAAGACGGAAUAAGAAAAUAGAAUGUGUGCUUGGGAUGUCAAACUAUGUGAAUGCAUAAGCAGUGGAAGAUGCAAGAAAUUACUCAGUACACGAUAAGGGAAUCUGCUGUCAAACAUCAGCUCAUUGACUGUGCAUCGAUGAAACCAGCCAUCGCUGGGUAUCUUGAUUGUUGGCGGCAUGCAAUUCAACUACGUUCAGCCAAUUUGUUUUUUUUGUUUCCAGCAUCAGUGGCUGGGCAGCGAGGUUGUGUCGUCUCUACUACCGCUACGGUAUGGCAUAGGUUGCCCAUGGCUGACGAUGUACCGGUAUUGUUGGCCACAUCCGAACUUGCCAAAAAAGCUCUGGGCUGGAUCAAAGUAAUAAGCUAACUCCAAGUCUGAAUAGCUGUCUGAAUCCACCACCUCCGUGUUUUUUGUUACUAGCUAUUAAUAGUAGGCACGUACAUCGUACU